AUUCUCGCGUAUAUCACCCUUCUGUUCAUCCUAGGCAACAUCGGGAAUGGUACCAAUAUCAAGUGGGCAGAAAUGACCUUCAUCGACAAUCGCAACUACCCUGGGGGUCCUGGGGCAUAUAAUGUUGCCGAAAGCACUAAUCCUGUGGCGGUAAUUUGCAAUUCAGUCUACAUCGUGAACAGCUGGCUGCAAGAUGCUCUCUUGAUAUAUCGCUUUUGGAUCAUAUGGGGUAGAAGCUACCUCCUUCUUGUCCUGCCUGUCCUGAUUUUCCUGGCCUCAUUUGUUUUAUCGAGCAUGCUUAUGGCUGAAUUGAGCCGUCCUGGGGAGACUAUCUGGUCUACCAUCAGCGUUAACUUGGCGAUACCGUACUGGUCUAUAUCCAUCGCUCUGAAUGUAAUCCUCACAUUAUGUAUCGCCGGACGUCUUUUCUACAUGCGCCUUCAACUCCGUCGCAUCGUCGAUCAAGAACCAAGGACGCCGUACGUGUCGGUCAGCGCCAUGCUGAUCGAGUCGGCUUCACUCUACUCCAUCAACGGUAUCAUCUUCAUCGUCAGCUACGGCAUAAACAGCCCAGUGCAGAACCUUGCCCUACCCUUACUCGGUCAAACACAGUCGAUCGCGCCGCUUUUGAUCAUAUAUCGUGUAGCACAGGGUAGAGCAUGGUCACACGAGACGCUGAACGCUGCA